UUUAGCCAAUCAAGUUUACAGUAAAGAGCAUUUUCCUGGGUUCACUUUGUCGCUGAUACUUUUCUCUCCCAUCCUCGGGUUUGGAACCCUGCCUCAUCUCUAGACGCCUGGAGCCCAGCCAUCUCUGCUCAUGCAAACUCCCAGGGAGAAGGUACAGCCUUGUUCGCGGGUUGUCUGCCACGUCAGAAAACCUUCACUCUGCACCUGUUACCUCGUUGCAGGCUGCGGGGUCCCUGCCAUCGACCCUGUGCUGAGUGGCCUGUCCAGGAUCGUCAACGGGGAGGAGGCUGUCCCCGGCUCCUGGCCCUGGCAGGUGUCCCUGCAGGACAGCACCGGCUUCCACUUCUGCGGGGGCUCCCUCAUCAGCGAGGACUGGGUGGUCACCGCCGCCCACUGCGGGGUCAAAACCUCUGACCUGGUGGUGGCCGGGGAGUUUGACCAGGGCUCAGACGCCGAGAACAUCCAGGUCCUGAAGAUUGCCAAGGUUUUCAAGAACCCCAAGUUCAACAUGUUCACCGUUCGUAACGACAUCACCCUGCUGAAGCUGGCCACCCCCGCGCGCUUCUCCGAGACCGUGUCCGCCGUGUGCCUGCCCAGCGCCAACGACGACUUCCCCCCCGGGACGCUGUGCGCCACCACGGGCUGGGGCAAGACCAAGCACAACGCUCUCAAGAUCCCCGACAAGCUGCAGCAGGCGACCCUGCCCAUCGUGUCCAACGCCGACUGCAGGAAGUACUGGGGCAGCAAGAUCACCGACGUGAUGAUCUGUGCGGGCGCCAGCGGCGUCUCCUCCUGCAUGGGCGACUCUGGUGGCCCCCUGGUCUGCCAGAAGGAUGGAGCCUGGACCCUGGUGGGCAUUGUGUCCUGGGGCAGCGGCACUUGUUCCACAUCAACACCUGCUGUGUACGCCCGUGUUACUGCACUCAUCCCCUGGGUACAGCAGAUCCUGGCCGCCAACUGA